AUGGAGUACUGGGCAGGCGAGGGCCGGGCGAAGCUCCGUGCCACGCUUGAAACCGUCUGCGAUUCAGUAGAGGACCAGUUAGCGGCCGCGAUCCGGGAACAAACUGCACACCAACAUGCAUCGCUCUUUGGCGAAAUUGACCGGCUGAAGACAGUGGCUGCUAGGGUAGACGACUUGGAGAAGGAGAAUCGGUCUCUUGUUGAAGAGCUUUCUCAGCUCCGGGAGAAACUUGCUUCCCAAGACGGGAGAUCUAAUUCCCCGACCGCCCCUCUUGUUUCCGAAGAGACCCUCCCGCGGGCAACACGUACGGCACUCGCGGAAGUAUCCGUCAAUCGCCAGCUUGAUGCGAGAGCUAUCAAGUCAACAUCGUCUGUGAAGCAGAUUGAUUGGAAAAAGGAGUACUCAAAGGUGUAUGUGCAGAAGUCGGCACUGGAAGAGCGGUGUGAGGGUCUGCGCGGUUCUGCAAAUCGAUUACGCGAAGCGCGGGACAGUUGGACAACAUACGCGCAUUCGUUGGAAACGAAGCUCGAGAAAUUGAAAAAGGCCCAACAUGACAGCAACUCGACUCACAAGUCUCUGGAUGCAGAGCUUCGAAGGAACCACGGCAAUUCGACCGCGAGUUCAACCGAUAAGGAGACCCAGGACGGAAGUGACGGGGCAGAGCAACAGCCGCCUUUGCCUACUGGAGAUCCCGAAGGACUGACAGCGGUUGUCAAAGAAGAACCAUCCUCAGAUCCAGUCGUCGUCUCGGAGAGAGUAAUACGGAAAAGGAAGGCUGCGGAUGAUGAUACAGGGAUGCCGGCACCACCGCGGAAGAUCAAGUAUGAGAAGAGCCCCAGUUCCGAGCCGGUAAUCAUCAGCGAAGUCCCCGUUUUUUGCCCUCACGAGAGCAUCGACCUGGACGAGGGGGAAGUUGGGAUGCCAACGCCUAGAAAACAACCCGAAUGGGAACAGCGGUAUCUCCUCCGAGAAGAGAAAAGCGGGAAUACUCCACCAGGCCAUUAUGAUACUCCCCGAAUCACGGCUCCCAAACACACCAAUACCCCAGCUGGAAACGCUACGGUUAGGCCGAAUUGUUCGACUCCAGGAGACGCUCCCUCGCCCGUCAAAGCGCGGUGGUCCCUGAGUUCUAAAAUUGCCGACCUCGCUGAAGACGAGGCCGAUUCAUUGCCCUCGCCCCGGCCAAACCGGGCGGGGGAACAACCUACACACGGCCGCCUACACUCGCUGCUCAACGAUGGCUCGCCAAUGAAGCUUGCUGCUCUCCUCUCACCGGUCCGCCCCGACCGGGACGCUACAAGUUCUAGCCAUGAGAAAGAAAACAUCGAGAAUUUGGCCCCCGGCCAACACCCCAAAGUUGCCAAGAAAAGUCCCGCGCGGCCUAAGAACGGUGCGACAACGCCGAUGAAGCGGAUGGUGAGGUCGGCCAAGGGAAAAGCUCCUGUCAAAGCCAGCCGGCUGCGCGACCGGCCCUUAGCCGAACUUGCGCCAGAGGAUUUUAAGGUGAAUCCUCGGUCUAACGACGGAUACCGAUACGCGUUUGAUGAGGUCGUCCGCAGCAGAGAGGAAAGGGCCGAACUCGCCGGAUGCACAGACCCGAACUGCUGCGGGCGACAAUUCAAAGCAAUGGCCGAAUCUGAGCUAAACGCCGGGGGGGCGGCCAUCCUCUCGCGUCCAGCCGAGAUCCAGAUGAUGGAAAAGUAUCUGGGCGAUGGUGAGGCGUACCGGCUAGUCAACAUGACCCGCCAGGAACGGCAGGAGACGUGGCUCAAGGCCAAGGUCCAGGACCUGGCGGAUCGGUAUGGGAGGCAUAGACAUCGGUUUGCGAGGCGGCCAUCGCCUCCGGGGUACUGGAAUCCGGACUUCCCUAGCACGCAGGAGAUUGAGCAAAAUAAGGAGGAAGCGAAGCGGGUGGAAAGGGGGGUAGUGGAGGAGAGAUGGCGAGAGGCGAUGCGGGGAGGGAGGUGGCUGUUUAGAGAUGAAUAG